AAAAUUCGAUCAUUAUCAACUCAAUAACAUUUCUUUUCGCAGAACAGUUUUUAUUCAAAGCAUAUUUUCUCAAGUUUUGCGUGGAGUUGCAGGCAUAUUUAUGUUUGUAUUUUAUUUCAUUUCCAUCAAUAUAAUUGGAAACUUUUUAGCUUCUUGGUCGUUGUAGGGAAUUUUGCCAAUUAAACUAAUUGUGGCUUGUGUAUAAUAACCAAAUGGCAAUGCCAAUUGAGAUGGCUGCAUAAUUAGAUCAAAAUUCAAUGGAAAUUCAUAUUUAAUAUUUUAUUUGCUGUCAAUGUAGAAGGUACACGGAGCAAGUUAAGAGUUCCAGAAAAAUAAAAGACACAAACAAACAAAUUUUGGUUUUGGCCAACCCACACACUUACAACUAAUCCGAUUAGGCCAACAAAUAGCGAAGAAGGUAUUUCACCCCCGAACACCAGCGAAAAUUGUAAUGUGUGCAAUGAAGCGUGCAUGUAUGAAGACACGACAUGUCGUUACCGUUAGUCGUUUAUCGACCGAAAACAACGCCAGCUUCAAGUCCAGCUGGCAAUAGCCGGCUUAAACUGCCACAGUUAGGCAGCCGAAAUUGCACAAAUAAAAUGUUUGCUCUGACAGAAGAGUGAGGAAAAAACUCAAAAAGUUAUACAAUAACCAGCAAGUAGUAGUGGUAGCAACAGAACAGCAACGACAAUAGUGUUCAACGACGAGCGAUUGAAGCAUCAAAUUUGAAACUGGUGUUGAAAUGGGCAGCAGCAGGAACAACAACAGCAGCAAUACAGCAGAAGCAGUUGGUGAUUGCAUUUCUAGCAGCGGCAAGAGCAGCAACAAAAACAAUAAUAACAAUAAUAAUAAUAAUAACAACAAAAAAGCUUGCAUUGCAGAACUAGGGGCCAAAUAUAGACAAAUAAAUUCACGGGAUCAACCAGUAAAUGUAGUUGUUGUUUAUAAUUUGGUGCACAAACAGCAAAGCGUGCAACAGCAACAGCGACAGCGUCAAAGGCUCAGCAGCAAAGUGGCACGGAAAAUCAACGAAAACAAAGUGUUGAUAAUUAAUAAUCCACAAGCACAACAACAACAAAACAAAGAAGUGCAAGCGAACAAAACUGUUGCCGUCAACGCCAACAGCAGCUGCUGCCAACACAUCAACUUUGACACCGUCAUAAGCAAAAUAAGCAGCAACAUAAUUGCCUUGGACGUGUUGCCCGGGGCACAUACUGUGGGUGCAUGCAACAUUGCUCAAAUGGUGACCACGUGGCGUGUCAAGAAUAGCAAUCGACGAAGGAGCGGCAUCAACAAGCGUGCAAGCAACAGUUUGAGCAACAGCAACAACAACAUGAACAACGCUCCGAGCAUGUUCAACACGUCGCCAAUUAUAGGAAGUAACAACAACUACAACAACAGCAGCACCCCCACCAAUAAUAACACCAACAGUAACUUUGGUAGCCAAACUGGUCGCGCCAUUAUGUCCGUUGCAACUACAAUUGCCUCCACGUCCGCUUCGAUGGCGUUGGCCAAUAUACCCAGCAAUCUAUUACCGCCCACUGGCACGGUCGUCGGUUUUGACAACAACAACACGAGCAAUAACUGGUCAGCUGAUGGCGUUAGUUGGCCGACGUUGAAUCAAUCAGCGACGAACAAAGUCGAUUUAAUUGAAAUGGAUUUGGCAAAUGAAACGUUAAGUGUUGCUUACCCUGCGCUAAGACGUUACCAUGGCGACUAUGAUGUUUCAUAUAUAGCGAGAAUAAAUCCAUUUUGGUUACAAUUUGAACCGCCAAGCACCCGCACCUACUACAUUAUGGCCAUAAUUUAUAUCAUCAUAUCAAGCGUCGGUUGUCUUGGCAAUUCACUCGUCAUAUUUAUGUUCGUACGCUGCAAAUCUUUACGCACACCUGCUAACACAUUGGUUAUCAAUUUGGCUGUGAGUGAUCUUCUCAUGCUAAUGAAAUGUCCCAUAGCGGUCUUUAAUAAUUUCAAGCAGGGGCCAGCGCUCGGUGAUAUUGGUUGUCGCAUUUACGGAUUUGUUGGUGGACUAAGUGGCACCGCGUCCAUAGGGACUUUCACAGCCAUAGCACUCGAUCGGUACAAUGUGGUCGUGCAUCCACUUGACCCACUUCGCAAGACGGCCAAGGUGCGUUCAGCGUACAUAAUCACAUUGAUUUGGAUUUACAGUUUUGCGUUCUCCAUUGUACCAGCGCUGGAUAUAGGCCUGUCUGUGUAUGUGCCCGAAGGUUUCCUCACCACUUGUAGUUUCGAUUAUCUCGACAAAGGUUUGGGGCCACGCAUAUUUAUGUUCUCAUUCUUUGUGGCCGCUUGGUGUGUGCCCUUCGGCAUCAUUUGUUUCUCAUACUUCUACAUACUGAAAGUGGUGUUCGCCGCCAAUCGCAUACAAUCCAGCAAAGACAAAAAUAAGACUGAACAAAAAUUGGCGCUUAUCGUGGUGGGCAUCAUCGGCUUGUGGUUUCUAGCCUGGACACCGUACUCCAUCGUUGCUAUGCUGGGCGUUUUUGGCAAACAAGAAUAUCUAACGCCACUGGGCUCCAUGAUACCGGCGCUCUUCUGCAAGACCGCCGCCUGUAUUGAUCCCUACUUCUAUGCGGCGACACAUCCGCGUUUUCGCAUGGAAUUUCGACGCUUGUGGCUGGGACGCGGCCAUUUGCGGCGCACCUCAACGACACGCUCCUCGUAUCUAACACGUUCGUCCACGCGUCGUUUACGCGUUAUCAGUGAUGUGGACGUGCGAAAUCGCAGCAUUGAAAAUGCGAAAAAGCAAAAUAAUUUACAGGCUCUUCAAGAAGUGACAGAGGAGAACGAUGAGGAAUAUGAUAUUUCAAUAAGGGGAAAUUUUAGUGAUGGGAUUGAGCAAAGUCGUUUUUAAUAGAAAGAUGUGUAUAUAAUGACAUGUAAAUAGCUCAAUUGUUGUAGUUGUUGUAGUUGCUGGAAAAUGCUGUUAUAGCCAAACAAAAUAUACGUAAGUAUUCUAAGUAUAUGCAUAUUAUUAUUAUAUUAUUUAAAUGUUUAACUGUGCGUAGAUAAUAUGUGAAUUAUGAGCGAGUAGAUAAUGUAUACAUUCUUAAUCUCAAAUAAUUUAAAAGUAUAUGUACAUUGAUGCGUAUAAUGGUUUAUGUUAGGCUUAAUAACCACCUGAGUAUAUAUAUGUAAUGGAAUUUAUCUGUUGAAUAGCGUAGUUAAAUCUAGAGACAACAUAGAGAAUUAAAAGUAUGCCAGUUAAAGCAUUAAUUAUGUAAUGUAAUUAGCGUAUUUUUUAAAAGAUUUUCGGGCUAAAUUAGGGAAAUCGAACUUUAAUACUGAUCCGUACCUACGAAGAUGAACUCUGAGAAUUAUUAAACGAAAACGUGAAUGAUUUUAAUUUCAGUACAAUGGCUAAGGAAUGCCUUUUAUCAUUAAAGUCAAAUUGGGAUCUACACCGAAAACUAUAAUUAGAUAGAGAGUUUUAUAUAUACAAUAUAUACAUACAUAUUCAUUAAAGACCACACACAGAUCAGAAUAUUUAUUUUACAAUAAUUACAUAGAUCUUUCAAGUUUACGUCUGUGUUUCUUCUUGAUUGACAUCGCUCCAAUAUGAGGUGAAGACAAGUUCCUUCAGAUUAUGUAUUAAUGUA